AUGCAGCCUGCACGCGCGGACCUGCUCCCGCCCAAAGAUGAUCCAUUCACAUUGGAGGAACUCAAGAAUUACGAUGGAACGGUGGAAGGAAAGCCGAUCUAUGUCUCUAUCAAAGGGGACGUUUUUGAAGUCACCCACAGAAGCGACGUUUAUGGUGCUGGGAAAUCUUAUAAUAUUUUUGCUGGCACGGAUGGAUCGAAAGGUCUGGGGAUGAGCAGUCUCAAAGCAGAACAUGCAGUGCCGGAUUAUAGUGGGCUAGACGAAAAAGACAUGAAGACGUUGAAUGAUUGGCAUGCAUUUUUCCUAAAAAGAUACAAUAUAGUUGGUCGUGUCUCUGAUCUUCCCGACGCUGUGAAGAAUAAAUAA